CGUGAGACUCCUGCUACCGAGGAAGAGAUGACGUCAGAGCGGCGGCUGGACCAACAUGGCGGCCGUCCUGAGGCUUGUCAACAGAAGCAUUUUAAGUUCAGCAAUGGGUCAACAGUAUCUGACGUUCAGCUCCGCAGCAAAGACCAAACCAACCGGCGUAAGACCAAGGCACGCUCUUCCAGCGAAGGUGAAGAUCGUGGAGGUGGGACCCAGAGACGGGCUUCAGAAUGAGAAGACUGUUGUGGCCACAGAGACGAAAAUCAACUUGAUUGACAUGUUGUCAGAGUCAGGGCUUCCAGUCAUUGAAGCCACCAGUUUUGUGUCACCAAAAUGGGUUCCACAGAUGGCAGACCAGGUGGAGGUGAUGAGAGGGAUCUGUCGGAGACCAGGAGUGUCUUAUCCGGUUCUUACCCCAAACCUGAAGGGUUUCCAAGCUGCUGUGGAAGCCGGAGCUUCGGAGGUGGCCAUAUUUGGUGCUGCAUCAGAGCUGUUCAGUAAGAAGAACAUAAACUGUUCAGUGGACGAGAGUUUACAGCGAUUUGACGAGGUUAUGAAAGCAGCUAGAGAGGCUGGUGUGCCAGUAAGAGGUUAUGUGUCGUGUGUCCUCGGAUGUCCUUAUGAAGGCAAAGUUUCACCAGCAAAAGUUGCUCAUGUAGCCAAAUGUCUCUACUCUAUGGGCUGCUAUGAGAUCUCGUUGGGUGACACAAUUGGAGUGGGGACUCCAGGUAGCAUGGCCGAAAUGUUGGAGGCAGUGUGCAAAGAGGUGCCAGUCAGUGCUCUGGCCGUGCACUGCCACGACACCUAUGGUCAGGCCCUGGCUAACAUCCUCGUAGCCUUACAGAUGGGAAUCAGCGUGGUAGACUCUUCAGUAGCCGGGCUGGGUGGCUGUCCCUAUGCCCAGGGAGCUUCUGGGAAUGUUGCCACUGAAGAUGUUGUCUAUAUGCUGCACGGCCUUGGGAUACAAACGGGUGUGGACCUUUCGAAGUUGAUGGACGCAGGAGCUUUCAUCUGUCGAUCCCUCAACAGGAAGACCAGCUCUAAAGUGGCGCAGGCCACAUGCAAGCUCUAAUCACGGGCUCUUUUCACAGACUGAAUGCUACAACGGUAUCAUGUGACCUGGAGUGUCUUAAGUUCAGUUCUAAUCAUUUGAUUUUAAUUUGAGUUGUCAUCUACCAGUAUGAGACUAUGUCUCCAAUAUCUGGAUGGUCCUGACCCCAUGCUCUGAUCAAAAAUAUGUAAUUUUACCACUGGAACAGUGCCUUUGCAGAUGAUAGGAGACUGUAGCUGUGUUCCAAUGCUGGGCUGACAUUACAUUCAGGGCAGUGGGUGAGCCAAAAUUAUUUAAAGACUUAAUUUAAUGUAUCAAUAAUUCUACAAAUUACAUAUCAUUAUCUGGUUGAGGGACUAGAAACUCACUGUUCAUGUCAGAAAUGACAGAAGUGUACAUCUGUUUAGCUUUUGUAUGCAGUAACUACUUUAAUUAUAGGGAGCACCUGGAAAUGAAGAAUCUGUGGGUUGUGGAAAAUGUAAAAAACCAGCUUUUAAUUUAUUUUGUUUUAUUCUACAUGUGUUAAAUGUAGUUUACUCAGUUUUUUUAUGUGUUGAAUAGCUUUUCUUUAAUUUCAGCAUGUACAUAUCCAACUAGACUGUGUAAAAAUAAACACACUAAAGCAAA